AUGUCUUCAAGUAAACCCAAAAUGACGGUGUCUGCGGUGCGUGGUCGCAUUAUGGUCUCUGCAGAAGACGGUGAACGUGUGGGUGCGUGGGGCGGCACGGAGUGUUUUCUCUCACGGCAAACAGGACUCGGCCCGUGUCUCGUUGUGCGCUCCAGUAGACACAAACGACAUGAGGGAACUUUCUUUCAACUCAACGGACUGCAGCGAGUGCUGGCGGCGUAUGCUGUAGAGGGAAAACUCACCGUAGUGGUCCCGCAUGAACGGCGGGUGUGUACAGUUUUUAUUGAGACCACAACAGACAUUGACGCCCUUCGUGUGAUGGCAGCAGUACUGCAGGAUAGAAAUCACUGGAAAGAUAUGGAGAAGAAUGUGGCCUGUAAGAAAAGUCGACACACUCGUGGGGCGGCAUCUACUAUAAUAACUACAAAAGGAGGAAGUAGUAGUGGUGGUGGUUUACGAGAUCCCAAUAUAAAUGCGGUAGAGGAUUGGGAUUAUAAUGAUGAUAGUGGAGAAAAAACAGAUAAUGAAGAGAUGGGGCGUGAAGAGGAAAAGGAAGUGGUAUCAUAUAUAAAAUCAUCCUUAUUAACAGUAGAGAGAGAUGAUUCAAUAGUAACAACAGGGACUAUAACUUCAUCUUCUGCAGUAAAAGGAGCAUCAACAACAACAACAAUAAUAAUAAGAGAAGGAAUGUCUGGAGUUAAAUGGACGCAAGAACAGAUGCGUGCGACACAAUUAGUACGUAGUGGACAAAAUGUAUUUGUAACUGGUGCUAUGGGAACAGGUAAAACUACUUGGUUACGUUAUUUAAUGGAAUCUGUACUUUCUCAUAGUGAAGAUACAGUGAUUUCUGCAUGUACGGCUGCUACUGCACGUAGUCUUAAUGGUUGUACUAUUUAUGCCUUUGCAGGGAUGGAAAGAGGGAUGUAUACAAUAGAAAAGGCACUUCAUCAUGUAAAGAGUCAACCAGAGAUACUGCGAGUAUGGCGAAAGUGUAAAACACUCAUUAUUGAUGAUGUAGAGAUGCUUUCAGCGUAUGUGUUUACACUUCUUGACACUAUUGCACGACGAGUUCGAAAUACACCAGAUAAACCAUUUGGUGGUAUUCGAGUUAUUCUUAUUGGAGACUUUUUAAAGACCUCCCAUACUAUUCAUCAUAACCCACAAACCCUUACAGAGACUCACACAGAUAAUAAUAAUAAUAAUAAUAAUAAUAAUAAUAAUAAUAAUAAUAAUAGAGAAGGUAUGUGGUGUUUUGAGUCUGCGGUGUGGGAGGAAUUGCAUCUUGUGCCUGUGGAGUUCCACACAAAUUACCGUUAUUUACAUGAUGUGACCUUUACGGCUGUUCUUGCAGAUAUUCGCCGUGGUGCUUACACGCGUCGUGUGCAGCGUAUUCUCUCUGUGUGGUUAAAUAGACCACGCGCUGUGCGAUACGGUGUGGAGCCCACACGUAUUGUAGCCGAUCAACACAACGCCGAGGCACAGAAUAAACGACGAUUGAAUCUUCUUAUUCAAAAACAACAACAACAACAACAACAACAAGGAGAGAAAAAAGAAGAAGAAGAUGAUGUGAUUCAGCGUUACAAGUCUGAGGAUUAUGCGUCUGUUCCUGGUAUGGAUGUAGACGCGGAGGUGGCACUAUUGCCGUUGCUGGAACUCUGUGUUGGGGCCCAAGUUGUGCUCCUCGCCCCCCUUCCACAAUCCCCGCAGUUGUUGUUAGGCGAUUGUGGAAUUGUGGUGUCUUUCACCGCAGCGACGGACGGGGCAGUUCUGCCUGUUGUGUGUUUUGCGCACAGCGGCGGUGAGGAGGUGGUGGUGCCGCGUGUGUGUGUGCAGGUGUGUGGGCCGGAUGGAUGUAUGCAGGCGACGCGUACACAGAUUCCACUGCGGCUUGCAUGGGCUUUGGCAGUGUGCGAUGUGCGGGGAUUAACACUACCACUCAUACACAUAGAUCUCAAUAGUCAUUCUAAUCCUAAUAAUAAUAAUAAUAAUAAUAAUAAUAAUAAUAAUAAUAGUUUAUCGUGUGCGACCAUGUGUGGGGCAUUAGCAUGUGUACGACAAGAACAGGAUAUUUCACUAGCCCGUUUAGAUCCCAGUCUUCUCUGCCGUGUGGAUACCAAGGUGUUAGCGUUGUAUGAAGAGUUAUUCCCACAGACAUGGCUGCAGGAAAAAGAAAAUGAUGAUUCUAAUGUGGAUAGUCAAUUAGUGGAGUUGGGACGUGGUGAGAAGCGUGCCCGGUCUCCUGCUACUCCCACAUACAAUCAAACCAGUCGUAAUAGUGAUAUUAAUAAUAAUAAUAAUAAUAAUAGUGGUAUGGAGACUCAGUGGAGGAAUGAACGGUUGUUUGAUACGCAGUUAAAUACACCAAUGCCAAUAGGCACUCCUGUUACUAUUAAACAAGAUGCAUUAAAACUACUCGCCGCUGCUGGUAGUGCUAUUCCACAGUUUACUCAAGAGAGUGAUGUGGCUGAUGAUGGAGUGGCGUGGCAGUCGCACACACAGACCUCUUCACAACGUUUGCUUCUCUUGGAUGAUGAUGAGGAUAAUAAUAAUAAUAAUUAG